UUUUGCAUUCAGUCUGCAACAUUGUAUUGUGGGCGGUGGGACGUGUUUGCCCAACGAAACUAUCCCUGUGACUUCUAAAUUUAAAGCGCCUCCACUGACGUCGUCGCCAUUGCCUUCCGUGUUUCUCUUUUAGUUCUGCAAUCUACAUAUGAUUGUGUCAUGUACAGGCUAUAUAAAAAAUAAAUAGGUUAUAUUCUAAAUCAUAUGCAACGGAUCGAUGGUGCCAAAAACCAAUCAUCAUGACUCGAAAACUAUCUUGAAAUUUGUGUAACUGUCGCACUCUUGUGCCACAUUUACGGUAAUAUAGGAUAUUAGCAGCUACAACAAUGAUAAGCAUUCAAUUUUCUUCUAAUUUCCUAAUAUCUAAUUGAAAGGAUCGAAUGCAAACAAAACAAAAAAAAAAAAAAAACGAUUAAAUAGUAACGAACGACAACAGUAUCACACCGAUAAUAUUUAUAACAAAAAUUAAUUACAACAGUGCUACCUAGUAACAACAAGACGGAAUAGUAGUUCAUAAUAAAACACAACUGAGAAACAUCGGAUAUCAGCCAAACAAAUCCUGCAAGGAUGCAUUAUCUACUGCUGUUUUGUAGGAUAACCAUUUUUAUACAGUACGGAAUGCAUUUCAGAAAAUCAUCGCACACUCGUGUAACUCUAAUUAGUAAACUUAAAAAGGUGGAACUAUCGGACCCAAAAAUUUAAGCCGUACACAGUAAUUUGGAUAUAUUGACGAUAACCAUUUAGCGUUUAUUGCGAAAAAUAGUAACAAUCAAAGAGAAAAAGAGAGAGUGUGGAAAAGAGGUGUGGAAAAGUGCCACAGGGCAUGUUUAUACCUGAUACACUGAGAAGCUGCAUGAUUGAGACGGACGUGUCAUCAUACUUGCAAACAUCAUCCUCAGGACAGGAUGAAUUUCAUCCGUUCAUCGAGGCCCUCCUGCCAUUUGUCAAAUCAUUUUCAUAUUCAUGGUUCAAUUUGCAAGCCGCAAAACGAAAGUACUACAAAAAACAUGAAAAACGUAUGUCACUGGAGGAGGAACGACAUUGCAAAGAUGAAUUACAAAAUGAAAAAGCGGAGGUAAAACAAAAGUGGGCAUCCCGUUUGCUGGGAAAGCUGCGUAAAGAUAUUACUCAGGAAUGUCGAGAGGAUUUUGUGCAGUCUAUCACCGGAAAGCGAAAAUCAAUUUGUGUACUUUCGAAUCCCGACCAAAAAGGGAAAAUGCGCCGGAUCGAUUGCUUAAGACAAGCAGAUAAAGUAUGGCGUUUAGACUUGGUAAUGGUUAUACUAUUUAAGGCAAUACCACUGGAAAGUACAGACGGGGAAAGAUUAGAGAAAAAUCCGGAAUGCACUCAUCCAAGUUUAUGUGUUAAUCCCUACCACAUCAAUGUAUCUGUUCGUGAGCUGGACCUAUAUUUGGCGAAUUUCAUCAAUACACAUGACCCACUGCACAGUCCAACAUCGCCUUCGCCACCACCAACAUCAACCGCGCUAUUUCUUUAUAAUAGUGAUAGUCAUGUUAACGUCAACAGCAAUAGAAAUGGUAGUAACAAUAACUUGAACGAGAUUAAAAAAGACACCGAAAUAUGCAAACAUAAAGGUUACAGCCAUAAUCCUUACAAUGGAGUUAUAUGUAAUGAUAUAAUAUUGGCUACUGGUGUUUUUUCAUCGAAGGAAUUGUGGAGACUUUCUAAAGCAUCUAUUCUUGAUGAAACAAGCAACGAUUUGCUGUCUACAAAUGUCAGCCAUAUUAAAAUGGAAAAUUCAGUCGGAGGUUAUGAAUGUAACACAUAUCAGUUGCCGCCACCGCCAACUGGUGUAGACGUCGCUAAUAAUUUGAUAGCGACGAGCAAUAUGUUAUCUAAUGCAGAUUCUGGCCGAUCGGUUGCUACUGGUUCUUCAAUGGUUGCUCCAGAGGGAUACAGCAUUGACUUUGUUGAUCCACGUAGUAUGCAUUUGCCACCAUCGCCACUACUACGGGCUCAAGGAGCUGUGUGUAAAAAUGACCCAUGUGCAUCUCCGCCUGAUUCUGGUGCAAACAAUGGAAGUAGUGGUUUUUCUGUGAUAUUGCGUCCAACCGAUUCUACGGGUGCGAACGUACAGGGAAGCGAUGUGUCAACGCUUCACCGAUACACACCCUCAUUAAAUCGUUCCUUACUGAAUAUGAGUCAAAUUCGAUCGAAUGAAGUACUGAUAGAACACAAUUCGACUCCGGCUUUAGUUACGAAUGCGUUAAGCCCUGGUACAUUGUACUAUCAAUUGCAUAAUAGUCCCACUGGCCCAUCAGAUUCCAAUGAUAGCAGUACUCAGCAUAAUCAUCAUCACCAAUCGCGGCAAACUCAACAUAAUGAGCAUCAGCAGCACUCGCAUGGGCAUAGCUCACAAAUAGCGGUUGCUGCAGGAGCAGCAGCUGCUGCUGCUGUUUCAAUUUCAAAAUAUCCUUCGGAGGUUGUUAAUGGUCAUGAUAUGUCCGAUUUUGUAACAUAUGUUUGUCAAGAAACAGGAAGUAGCAAUAUACCCAUCAAUGAAGUUCACCACCCGGCGCAUCAUCAAACGCAUUUCCAGUUACAAACAGUUGCUGCUGGUGCUGUAGGGCCGAGUCGUAAUGCAAAAAUAUCCUCCGCAAUAGCUUCGCCAGUUGCCACAACAUCUCACUAUCAACAAUACAGUACAAUGCUUCCUCCGCCGCCCUUACCACCAAUGGCACGGCCAGUGGCAAUAAUUAGGUCAACAGGUGAUUUGACAAUGGUUGAAUCUCCACCUUCGUCUGUCACACCUCCAAAUGUAAGUCAUUCGACCAAAGAACCAUCUUGCCAACAACAAUCACAGCGCCAGCAGGACCAACAGGGCCAUCAGCAUCAGACACAAUCGCACACACAACAACAUUCGCAGCAUACCAGCGUCGAACACGGUGAACCAAAUAAUCAAACUGUACCACCGAAUGGCUCUACAAGCGUUAAUGGAAGCAAAAGAAGCGGAAAUUCGGUGUCCAGCACAACAGACGCAAUCACCGUUACAAGCUCCAAUGUGCAAACAAAUACAUCCCUUACUAGCGGGAGCAAUAACAGCAGCAGUAGUUCAACUGAUAUUGUUGUUGCGAGUUCGCCGCCGCCUCCGUUAAGUCCCCAAGGGCAUAUAGAUGUUGUGCGUAGCACAAAACCAUCUGCUGGUCGUAUUGCGUCACAAUCGUACUCAUCAGCCACCAGCCGGGAAUACUUUAAUCAUUUUCACACUCAGGCAGCUCCACUUCUUGGCUACACAAGUUCUAUUUCAACUAUUUCCGGUGUUAUUAGUCCAACUAAUUUAAGUUUAUAUUCUUCUCCGAUCACCGGGGCUGCAAAUGCGUCUCAUCGGUCUACUUCACGGCCACGAUGGAAUCCGCCGUUUCUUAUGGAGGAUGAAUUUAGUAUGAUGACACAUUCAGUGCCCAGCACAAAUUCCGACAAUGUUCCGGUGAUAUUAAUGGAAGAUGCGUCCGGCCGCUAUAGUGAAGAAUAUACUCAGAAUCGUGAUUACAUCACAUGAUUAAAAAUGCCUUCAUAGAUGACUACUGUGAAGAUAACUAGAACUGUUUUGAUAAUAAUAGUUAGAAUUUAUACAUACGUAUUUUAUUUUAUGAAUCAAACCAAUUCUUAAUAUUAGUACAUUAAGAAAUUUAAUUGUUAAAACGAAACAUACGUAUACAUUUAUUGAAGUAUACACAUAUACAUAGUAUAUGUAUACCCAUGCAUUAAUAUAUGUACUAGGCUGGUAAUAGUACCAACUAUGGAUCUAUUCACACAUAAAACAUUAUUAUAAAUAAAUACUUUAAUUAGGGCUUGAAUACCAGGUGGAAAAGAUAGAAGACAAAUUUAGUUAAGCAUCACAUAGUCAUGGGCGUAUAGGACUACCUUAAAAGGCAAAUAAUAAUUGCAAAUUAAAUAAUAUAUAGCACAUAUAUUAUAAACUAUGCAUGUAUGCAGAUACGUAUACAAUAUUAUGCACACACUCACCACAUAAACAACACUACUGGGAACACCCGAUAUAGAGAAAAAUUGCUUUGUUUGUAACUAGUGCGAUUUCUCUAAUUGCGAACUCUUUUGCUUUCAUUUGUCUUCAGAGUUUUACUUUUAUUAACUAAAAAACAAUUUUUACAGAAGAACCCAAAAACGUUUUAAAAUUAAGGGUAUUUUAGAAAGUGAUUUAAUUUAAAAAAACUAUUCAGUUUUUUAUAUAUAAAGUUAAAGAACAAAACAAUUCAUUAAUUUAAUAAAUACCAUAACACGGAAUGCAAAUAACACAACUUCAAUAAACAAUUAAAACACUAAAAGAUGAUAAAUAAUUUCUCUAUCUCAAAUCUGAAAGCUUUAAUAACACUAGUCUACAAGGAAAAGUAUCCGAAAUAAUUUAAACUAAUAUCUGCUUCUCUGUCCAUGCAAAAUUCGGAUUGAUAACUAAAAUUAAUUUAUUAGUUUGAGUUUUCGAGAUAUCCUAACCUAAAAGUGCAAAAAACCCCAUUUUUGCCCAUAUUUGAGGUUAUGUAGCCUUGCAGAUGUUUUCUUUCACCAAAAUUAAAGGAUGGCAUCUUUAAAUACAAUCCUUCUUUUUUCAAAUGGCGUUUUGUUUGCUCAAAUAUCAUUUUUUUUCGCAGAGAUAUCGCAUUUUGAAAUUUUCAUGUUUCGAAAUUUUCCUACACCUGAAAAUCGAUUAAGAUAACAUAGACAUGAUAUAUUCGAUUACUAAUUUUCUUGAAUUGAGUCUUAUUUUUCUUAAAAUUUUGUCUCACACCAUAAGUGUGCUGACUCACCACAUCCCUACACUAUCUAACCUUUGGGUACCGAGUCACACACAGCCCUAACCCCUAGAAACCACCCCUAUCAUACCGCGAGCAGGCUAACCCACAUAACCGCAAGCAGGCUUUCCCACAAACUCCAAAUUUACAUACUAUUAAUCCAUAUAUUUCAGGCCCUCAAACCCAAGAAAAUUAGUAAGCGACUAUAUCAUGUCUAUGUUAUCUUAAUCGAUUUUCAGGUGUAGGAAAAUUUCGAAACAUGAAAAUUUCAAAAUGCGAUAUCUUUGCGAAAAAAAAAUGAUAUUUGAGCAAACAAAACGCCAUUUGAAAAAAGAAGGAUUGUAUUUAAAGAUGCCAUCCUUUAAUUUUGGUGAAAGAAAACAUCUGCAAGGCUACAUAACCUCAAAUAUGGGCAAAAAUGGGGUUUUUUGCACUUUUAGGUUAGGAUAUCUCGAAAACUCAAACUAAUAGAGCAAUUCUGAGGCCAGAUUUGGAUUCAGCGCAUCAUAAACCUUCGGAAAUAUAUAGUCUGGUUUCUGGGUCUGAAUGUUGGUUAAAUUUUGUCGGCCUGUGUAAUUGCUUCUUACUUCGCUUUACACUGUGGGACUGUUUGCGCUUGCCGCAAAAGAAAGAGGAGAGUUCAUUUUGUACUCUUCACUCGCAGAGACUUCUGGCAUAUUGCACUGGCUACUUCUUUCAUCCUCGUGGGAAAUAAUAUCCUGGUUGGAAAAUAUAUGUUAUAUACAAAAUAUUCAAAAUAUAUGUUUUUAUACAUAACAUAAGAACAUACUUAACAUAUGCAUACAUACGGUGGCUACACCCAAUGUUUUUGAGAAAGCAUAAAUUUUAUAAAACUUACUUUCGUGGAGCAACGACGCCAGAAAAUCCAUAUAGUGGCUUCCAUAUAGUGCCAUGUUGCUUCAUCUUAGAAAGCAUCUGCCGACUUUACUUUCAAUAAAGCCGUCUGUCUGACGAAGCGAUGUCUACGCGACUUCCGACAGCUUUAUGAAUGUUUCACGUUUGGAAGAGUUAAGAAAGAUAUAUAAUAUAUAGUAUAUUAUAUAAAUAUUUAUAUUUGCAUACAUACCAGGUACACCCACACCCACUUUUAUUUCAAUAGUUGUUGCUGAAAAGGUAGGAGUUUUUGUCGUUAAGACAUAUGUGUACCCUGACCGCUCUAUUAAUUUCACCUCCAUUUUCUGUAAACAUAUAAAUAUAAAUAUGUUUUGAAAAUAUCAAACUUAAAUACCAAUUUUGAUUGCAUUUUUAGAUUUUUACAUACUUAUUUUAUAUUCAAUGCAAAGUAUAGCGAAAAUCUCAAAUAUCUACAUUUACACACGCUUGUUCUAAAUUGCAAAGUUGUUUGUGAUAGAAGCUAUUGGCAUGUAACACAUACAUAAAUGAAUCUGUAAAGGAAUCCAUUAAUACGGAACUGGAUUGAUUCUAGUGUUUCGACAGUUUUGAAUUGGUACACCAACUAUUUGCUAGAGGUGAGAUCUAGCACAUUCAUGCUCCUUUUACGAUAGUUCCGAACCUGACUUGUAUGUAUGUAUAUGCUUAUGAACUGAUAAUAGUGUAAAUUCUUAUUGGAAAAACACAUUGUCUUCCAGCUUAGCUCAAAUAAUCGUUUACGCAUAUUUUUCUGCUUUGUCACUGUCACACUCUCUAGACAAACAUAUUUGUUAUUUUAGUUUCAUAAUUAUUAAUUUCGUUUAAAUUUAAUUCAAUGGUUUUUUAUGUUGAUAAUCUAAUUUUCUACAUUUUUUAAUAUUAAAUAUUGUAAAUUUGUAUUUUAGUUUUGAAUUUAUAUCUUAAAUGUCUGUUCUGAAUUUUGUUAGACAUUAAUGAUUAAAUAAAUAUGAUAAGUGUAUUGGAGAAAUCGUACUAUUUCAGAACUGCAAAUUUCAUUUACUACCACUGGUUCCUUUUGCAGGAUGCAUACAUAUUCAUAUUGCCAGUGUGAGAAAAAGCUGUUUACUAGAUAUAUACUAUAUACUAAUUAAGGACUACCAUAUAACAUAUGAGCCUUAGACUACACCUAAAUAUGUACAUGCGUAUGAAACAAUAAAUGGUCACUAAAACAAGAUGUGCAUGCACAUAUGUAUAUGUAAAUCUAAGAGUGAAUAUUCCGUUUGUAUAUAACUGGUAAUCGUAGAAAACCAUUGACAAAAAGUAAGAGGGUAAUUUUGCUUUUGUGAUAAAUAAUAAAUAAUAUACAACCUUGGGCUCUUUUUUUGUAUCUAACUCUGAAAAAAAGCUUUCGUGAACUGAAUAUUAUUAUUUAACAAAAACGCAUAGACAAACACUUGAUCAUUAAUUCUACAUUACUUACAUUUAAUACAUACAUACUUAUCCCAUGUCAUCUUAAGUUUUCUGAUAAAAAUGGCAGUUAUGAUGUAUGUAGAAUCUAUGUAACACAACAAUAUUUUUUAUUCUUUUACAAAUUUUUUGCUUAAUUUUAGUUUCUGGAUGUACCUAAAUAUGCAUUGUCAAUAUAUUUGAAAUACCUAUAUACAUACAUAUACCAACUAAAACAAAACCAUUAGUCCGAAAAGUGUGCCCAGAUUAUAUCGCAGAAGGUUUUUUCUAUAAUUGUUCCAUUACCUUUACACAUUUUAGUUUAAAAGUAAUAAAAUGUGCCAAAAAUUCCAAGCCCACGAUUUGUUUAGAAUGAAUAUUUAUGAUAAAAUAACAAGAUAUUUUGCUAAAAGUAAUAGUUUUAAUAAUUUCGAAGGUUUGAUACGCUAGAUUAACAUAUAUAAGUAAUUGUCAUGUUAAUAAUAGCGGAAGCAUAAAACAUGUAAAAUUUGAUCGAGUAUCUCCUCCAACUUGUGUUCACUACUCUUGAAUGUUUUUCUUUUCCGAUUUUUUUUUAUUGAAGAUUUUUGAGCCUGAAAUUUUUGUAGGCGUAACUUCGGGAAGAUUGUAUGAAUUUUGCGAAAACAUUAUGAAUAGCAUUAUUUUUCAGAAACUGGUAGAUUUUGCCAAUUACUAAGAUUAUUUUUGGAGACAUUACCUCUCUGUGAGCUUCUAAUGUUUUCUUUUUUGUUUUGCGUUUUUAGUUUUUUCUUUAAUAAUCUCUCUUUCCUUGCUACUUCAUCUCGGUUUAAACUUCCUGAAAGUAAUAAGAAGCAAUGUCUGUGAUACGAAGAUUAUGAAAAGUAUUUACAUGUUAUGAUUGAAAAAAUUAAUUAUGGUAGUUCUAGUUGAAAACAUAUGGGAAAAUUUGUUCUGAAGACUCAAGUCAACAGUCAUGCAAGUGACUUCGUCGCUCAAGUCUUCCCAAGUUGGUAAGUGUAUGUACAUAUAUUAACAUAAAUCUUGAUACUUUGAAUCCGUAUGAGCUGAGAAUGUAAACUCAGUAUUUAUUAUUGUGCUUUUGUAUAUUAUGUGCUGUAUUUGUAAAUUAUUUUAACACGCCCAUUCAUACUUAUCAGUUUAAAGAAGUUAUAUCACUUUCUUACAUACACACUCGUUAUUACAAAUACGAACUUUCCUGCAUACCUAUACAGAUUUUUAGAAAGCUGAGCCUUAUGAAACCCUUUCUAACUUUAAUAAUACUACAUAUUUUUAAUAUACAUAAUUUGCUUACUACUUACUGACAGCUUAUAAUGCCAAUAAGCUAAAAUGAUAAGAGCAAAUGUGACAAAUAACUAUAUUCGUGCAUAAAACGUAAAAGCGAGGGCUUACACUGAGAUUAACCAAAAGAUUAAAUUGAGACAAUAGUAGAUGUAACUUGAACAGAAUAUGCAAUUUUAAUAAUAGCAGUUAAUUAAGCAAAACGCCUACCAUUUCAUUAAAUAUAUAUAAGCAAUAAUCAUUCUAUAGCUAUUGCGUAGAUGAUUUAGUAUAUUUUAUAUGUAUGUAAAUAUACAUUAUAUACUUGUGUAAAAAAUCGGAGAAUCUCAGAAACAAAAAACGCAAGAGUACUUCUGAAAAUUUAUGAAAGGAAUUAAUACAUACUAUAUGUAUGUGACGUGUAUGCAUGCAUAUACAUAUGCACUUGAACCUCUUCCUACGCGGCCUUUUGCAAGCGGAUUUUUUAAUGUAACUCUUUUAAAGUAUUUCCAAUUAUUUUUAGUACGCGGUAGAUCACGAUUCGAGUAUUGAACGCUUGAUUAUAUUUCCUUUAAGAUAACACUAAAACACACUCUGUUUCCCCAACAAAAUACACAAAGAAUUCAUUGGUAGGAAUCACAACAAAAUGGUCGAAAUAUUUUAAAUAGAAAAUUGAUCAAAUAUUAGUAAGGAAAAAUUAUGAACAAAUAGAGGUAUACAUACAAAUGAGGUAGUAUUACUAUGUGUUACUGACACAAAGUAUACGAAAUGUAUACGUAUGUAAGUAAGCAAUCUAAAUGAAAAUUAGUUUGGGUGGUGGUGCACGAACUGCUGUUUGAUGAAAUGAUUUGAAGAAGAAAAGUCUCAAAGCUUCAUAACCAACAUUUUCCAGAACUAAUUGAAAUCAGUAAAUGUUGAGUUCGAUCUCAUUUAUACAUUCUUGCAAAAAUAUAUCUUUGUUUUGUUCUUUGCUUUAAUAAAUAUCUAAUAUAUGUAUAUAAAUAAUUAAAACAAAAAAUAUACUCAUAUGUAUUGUGUUUGCAUGAGUUUGAAGAUAAUUUUUAGGUCUCAGCUGAACGUGUGAAAAGAAGAUCAAGUGUACUUUAGAAAUCAUUUACGUAUACCUAUGUAUACGUAUACCUUUAUUACGAGAAUAAUUACAAUUGUGCUUCAAUAGAGAGUGCAAUAUUAUUUAAAAAAAGAACUGGAUAUUUGGGUCCUAACAUUUAACUUUGGAGCGAACUAGAAUAUGUAGCUCAAAACCGUGUCCGUCGGCGAAGAGACAUAGUAGACACCCUAUGCUCCAAUAGGAGCUAAAGGAACAAAAUAAUAAUCUACAUAUAUAACUUUUGCAGAAUAAAUGUAAUAGAACUUAUUCUCAGCUGCUUGGAUGCUGAUAUAUGUAACUGCACUUUGCAAUGAGCUUGUAAUGGAAUGGUUAGUAAUGUAUUUGUAAAGUAAAUUCUAAAAGAAGCCCUUUAAAAAUAAAUGUUCAAUUUCCUCAUACUUGUU